AUGGGAAAAUUUGAACUCAUUCCGGAUUUCUUCGAUGGUCGAGAUGUAUUCAUAACGGGAGGAUCGGGACUGAUAGGAAAGACGUUGAUAGAGAAGAUUUUGUAUUCUUGUUCGACUGUUAAUAAGAUUUUCGUGCUGUUACGGUCAAAAGGAGGCCGGAAUGUGGAGGAGAGGCUCGAGUGCCUUAAGAAGUCCGAUGUGUUCCAGCGGAUCAGGACCAAGGCUCCGGAUUUGUUUGACAAGAUGGAGGCUGUUGAGGGGGACAUUUGCGAGCGAGGACUGGGUGCGAAUGUCUUGGCCACUCAGGAGAGACUCGCGAAUGUGUCUGUGAUAAUUCACGGAGCGGCGAGUGUGCGCUUUGAUGAUCCCCUGAUCAAGGCCGUCAACAUUAACAUAUGCGGCACGAGAGAGAUCCUGGAUUUUGCUGAAAAGCUCCCGAAACUCAAGGUUUUCUUCCACAUUUCCACCACAUUUUGCUAUCCCGAGUACAAGUUUCUGCAGGAGAAAUUGUUUCCGCCCUCAGCGGAUUGGCGAAAGAUCCUGGCGAUUGUUGAGAACCUGGACGAGGAGGUGGUGUACGCCAUGGAGCAGAAGAUCAUAGGACAUCAGCCGAACACCUACACCUUCACGAAGAACCUCUCUGAGCACCUGGUGUACGAGUAUCGACACAAAGUCCCGAUCGUCAUCUACAGACCGUCGAUCAUGACGCCUGCCGUGAUGGAGCCCUUCGCCGGCUGGAAUGACAACGUGAACGGGCCUGUGGGCAUCAUGAUGGCCACGGGCAGCGGCCUGAUUCGCACCCUAUUCACAGACCCGAAGAUCGUGCUGGACUUCAACCCCAUCGACGUGACUGUGAAGGGGAUGAUCAUCGCCAUCAAGCGCCAAGGCGUGCGCAGCAUAGAGGAGAUCUACUCGUCGGACGUUCCCAUCUACAAUGGCUCCUCUGGGCAGGUGAACCCGGUCACGUACUACGAAUUGGCGAUGCUGGGCAACUCCUGCAUCCCCAUGGUGCCCUUCGACUACUUCGUGUGGCCCAUAAGCUUCAUCGCCACGACCUGGUUCCUCCACUUCUACAUUCGCCUGCUCUUCCUGCAACUCGCGCCGUCCAUCCUCAUAGACUUCGUCAUCCGCCUGGCAGGGCGUCCGCCGAUCGUGAUGAAGCUGCAGCGCCGUCUCUACCUCGCCCAGAUCAGUCUGGCGUACUUCAUGCGGCAGAGAUUUGAGUUUGAGAACGCCAACCACGUCUCUCUGCUCAGCGAUCUGCGCGGCAGCGACGUUGACUGCUUCAGCUUCAGCUACUACAAAGAUGUGGAUCACAUCCUGUACUUUGUCAUGUGCAUCCUCGGCUCCAGGCGCCACAUUCUGGGCCAGAAGGACGACACACUGCCUCUGGCCAGACGGAGAUUCAAUCGCAUGGUGUUCCUGCGCAACACCCUGCAGACCCUCUUCUACGCCUUCAUCGUGUGGUUCGGCUUCAAUUAUUACAAGAAACACUACGCUCUGGCCACUUAA